GGGGGAGGAGGAGGAGGAGGAGGGAGGACAGGGCUCAGAUACUACUGCCUCCUCUCCUCACUGCCCACUGACAACUGGCAGCCGCCCGGUGCUCACCCCUCUCCUCCUUCUCCUCUACAUCCCGGGGUUUUCUCUCUCUUUCCUCCCCAAGCAAUGUGAAUGGGAUUGUGGUGGCAUUUUCUGGGCGAGGAUGCUGGCAGGGGCGCGGAGCUCUCCUCUCUGGGCAGCAGUAGGACGCCGGGUGCCCACUUCUUGCCCUGAGUCGCUGCCAGUCUCUGUGUCGCGAUAGCGCAGGAUAGUCGCAGGUACAUGGUUGGCACAGGGUAGGCUGGGCAGCUCCUGCCAGGCUGUGGUGGUCACUGGAGGACACAGCCAUCACUCCGAAGAGUUGGGAGAACUUUUUUUUCUUUGCCUGCGGGAUUUCAUUUCCUACCGCGCCGUGUGAACCAGGGCCAGGACUCGUGUGGAGAGAUAAGUGGUGACUGUGCCCAUCAUGUGGGCUGAGGCUUCCCCCCUGGCACUGCUCACUGCCGCCUCCUUCCUGCUGGCCGUGCUGGCAGCGGCCCGGGGCACUGGGGAGUACUGUCACGGCUGGACGGACGCGCAGGACGUGUGGAGAGACGGAUUCCAGUGUCCGGAGAGGUUCGACGGGGAGGACUCUACCAUCUGCUGCGGGACCUGUGUACUGCGCUACUGCUGCAACAGCGCCGAGGCCAGGCUGGAACAGGGCUUGUGUAAUAACGACAGACAGCAGGGGGCGCCAGAGCACGGCAGAACCGAUAAGGAUAGCCCGGACUCCGCGGCAGUUCCCAUCUACGUUCCAUUCCUGAUUGUUGGAUCAGUAUUCGUGGCGUUUAUCAUCUUGGGCUCCUUGGUCGCCAUUUGUUGUUGUCGCUGCCUGAGGCCGAAGCAGGAACCCCAGCAGAGCAGAGCUCCAGGAAACAAUCGCCUUAUGGAAACUAUCCCUAUGAUAUCAAGCGCCAGCACCUCACGUGGCUCUUCUUCUCGGCAGUCCAGCACAGCCACCAGCUCCAGCUCAAGUGCCAAUUCAGGGGCAAGGGCUCCUCCAACUCGAUCCCAAACCAACUGCUGUCUGCCCGAAGGAGCCAUGAACAACGUGUAUGUGAACAUGCCCACCAACUACUCAGUGUUAAACUGUCAACAAGCGACCCAAAUGGUCCCGCACCAAGGACAAUAUCUUCACCCUCAGUUUGUAGGAUAUGCUGUACCUCAUGACUCUGUCCCCAUGACCCCAGUGCCACCUUUUUUAGAUGGACUUCAAGGUGGCUACAGACACAUGCAAUCCCCGUACCCUCACAGUAACCCCGAACAGAUGAUGUACCCGGCAGUGACUGUUUAAGAGGAGCCAUAGGUCACAAAAAUGGACUCUGUGGGGAAUGAUGCAUUUUACAGGGCUUACAGACUACUUAGGUCGGGAGAGAGACACUCAAGAUUAUUGUAAAAUGCAUGAUGGUGACUAAAGUUUUUUUUUUUGUUUUUUUUUUAAAGUUGUGCAUAUGCUUUUUAUUUUAUUUUUCAAGGGGAAGCGUAUUACAUUAAAUUGCCUGAGCCAAUAACCUGCUUUCUGCUGAACCGCAUUGUGUAGCUUCAGCAGGGAGCAGGUUUAGUAUAUUCUGGUAUAGCAGGUACGGGGAAUAUUUUUUAUUUUAUUUGAAGUGUAUAAAAUAAGGUGAAAUUAACAUGUUAAUAUUUAUAGCAAAAAGACAAUCAUUCAGACAAUCAAGGGAAUCGGUCAGCGCUUGGUCAUGAUCCGACCUACUGACAGUGUCAUGUGGCUGCUCGUGCAAUAAAGUGAAUUAUACCUUUGUAGUAGCUGUCUGUGUUGUCAAUAUUAGAGGUGAGCGAACUUACAGUAAAUUCGAUUCGUCACAAACUUCUCGGC